AAAAUAAAAUUUUUUAUACAACAAAUCGUGUAAUUCAAAAUAUUAAAGAUCCAUUUAGACCACUUGAAUUAAAUGAUAAAUCAAGGUCAAAAAUAGGAACACCAUCAAAAUUAUCUUCUAAACCAAGAAAGCCUAAUAGAUUUAAUCUAUACAAAAAAUUAUCAAGUGAUACCUUUUCGAUACAGCAGAGGAAAAUUAAACGUAUUCAUAAUAUUAAACAAAAUUAUAAUUCAUUUGAUGUAAAUAAUCAACAAAAUAACAUGACUAUUACAGAUAAUUUAUAUAAAAAUUCGUGUCUAUAUUGUGAUGAAGAAUUACCUAAUAUUUUACCAGAAAAAUUACAAAUCAAAUUAUUAUCCUUGCAAAACAACCCUAUCACAGAAUAUGAUCGUUAUUCAUUUUGUGUUAUGCAUCAUGCUGUAUUACAUAUCAUUCUAAAUGAUGCGAGAUAUUUCAGGCUGGAUUAUGGAUCUAAAGGAUUAUAUUGUAUUGCUAAUGUUUUGAUAGAUUUAUUCAUUACUUCAGAUAUUCUUAUACUACUUAAAGCAUUUUCAUUAAAGCCGAUAGAUUAUAUAUAUGAAGUUUUGAUACCAAAAGUGACAAGCAGAUUAAUUAAAGAAGAUUACAAUAAUAAUAUAACUCUAGAAAAUGUAAGAAAAAUCAUGGUUGAAAGUAUAGAAUUUGAAGAAUAUUUGCAUUGUGGUGAUGAUAUGUGA